AUGAGGAAGAUGGCAAUUAAAAGGCUUUGGCCAUUCAUUUUCAGUGCAAUUCUGGCAACUGCUCAUGCGCUCACUGUGGAAACACCUGCCAAGGACAUAAAGGUGGCACGAGGGAACAACGUGACUCUCCAGUGUCAUUUUAAAACACAGAAACCUAUUGAUUCAGGAGACUUUGUUGUCUGGAAGAAAAUUAAUAGUCCGAAUGAUGCUGUCACUAGGUAUUUUGAUGGAACUGUACAGUAUGGCGAGGGCUAUGAAAACCGUAUAGAGUUCACUGGUGACAUAAACGAAGGGAACAUCAGCAUCACCAUCAAGGCAGUGACCAUGGAAGAUAACGGGACAUAUGCAUGCAGUGUUCGGCUAAAGCAAGAUCCUCCAAGGCAGGCUGCAAUCUUGACUCUUGUGGUCCUUGUUGCACCAUCCAAGCCAGAAUGCAAGAUCCUGGGGACAGCAGAAUAUGGACAGACACUCAAUCUGACCUGCAUUUCUCAUGAGGGCUCCCCAAAGCCCAGAUAUACCUGGCAAAACUUCAAUUUUCAAAAUGAGCCCCGUGUACUACAAACAACCGAAGGGGAACAAAUAACUCUGAAGAACAUCUCAGCGGAUACCUCUGGCUUUUACAUCUGCACUUCAACAAACAUUGUGGGAACAGCAUUUUGCAACAUGACAGUCAGCGUUGUGCCACCAUCCAUGAACAUAGCUCUUUACGCUGGCAUCAUCGGUGGAGUUGUUGCUGUAAUUAUAGUUAUUGGUAUUUUAGCCUAUUGCUGCUGCUGUAGAAUGGACAAGGACGAGGACUAUGAAAUGGCGGAGCAAGAAGAUAGAAAUGAACCCUACAAGGAGACACAUAGAAACAAUCAAAGUGCAGAGGAUAAUGUUGAGGAUGAAUGAAGAAG